AUGGCUGCCUUCUACGAGGAGGAUGAAGGUGAUGCUACGGAUUAUUCUUAUGGCUUAGACGACAAUAGCGAUGGAGAAUCCAGACCGACAGUGGUGCUUAUGGGGCAGAAAAGGUAAUU